AUUUACUUUGAUAUGACUUGAUACUGAAAACAGUCCGUUUAAGUAAAAAAAUAUGGCAACAUCGACUGACAAUGUAUUUCUGCACACAUUUUUCUCCACACAACGAAAUCUGUGUUUUGCCGGUAAAAAUUAUUUUUAUAAUAAAUAAUGCGGGAGAGUGAAUCCAAGAGCUCCCGCCGAGAUCGUGAUCGAGAUCGCGACCGUGGAAGGGAUAGAGAUAAGGAAAGGGACCGCGACCGUGAACGUGAUCGUGAUCGUGACCGCGAGAGAUAUGGAGAAAGGGACCGAGAUCGUCACUACGCACGUAAAUAUCAUUCAAAAUCCAAAUCACCCUCCCGUAGCAGUCGUUCGAAAAAAAGCAAGAAAUCAAAGAAGUCAAAAAAAUACUCAAGACGCAGUCCAAGCAGUAGCAGCUCAUCAUCCUCUUCUAGUUAUUCUGUUGCUAGUCGUAGUAGUCGAAAUUCACACAAAUCUCGUUCACAAGCGAGAAGUACGCGUGCACCUAGUUCAGAAGAGAAUUCGCGCACAGCAGCAUCCGCUGCAGUGGCCGUUGCAACACUUAAAGGUAUAGAUGCUAUUGACGCACAGGUGCGAAAGGCCUUGGACGCCAUUGAAGAGGAGGCAUUUCAACCAAAAACAUUUUUUAGCACACGUGAUAGAGAAGCUCCUGAAAAGAAACCCCUACCAGAAAAGGUGAUUAUUGAUUUGGAGUCGGAAACAGUGAAGCUACCAAAACCCAACGAUGCAUCAAAAGACACUAAUGCCGAUGAGAAAAUAUUCCACCCAAAUUUCAUUGGCGAUGCAGAUUUAAAGGCUGAAAAAUGGUUGCGCAAACUAUAUAAUUACCGACAAAGAUAUUAUCAGGAGUAAUUGUAGCUUAUGUUAGGAUAAGUAACCAUGCUAAUUUGCAUUCAAUAACCAUGAGAAUAUACGCUUUAGAAUAUAUCUGUACCGGUUUUACGUGCACGUAUUAAAGCUUCAUCAGCAGUCAACUGUUCAUCUUUUGAAGGGUUUACAGGACUACCAUCAUCAUUCAGUUUUCCUUCUUUGAAAUCUUCAAUUAGCUUCUUAGAAUAAACCGCAUUGAACAAAUCCAAA